AUGAUGCGAGCAGGAGGAGUGAUGAUGGUGCGCCCCGUGCUGCUGGUACUUGCCCUGUGCUGCGCUUGUGUCUGUGUGACGGCUGCUGCAGAGCCGGGGAAGGCAGCUGUCCAGAAUUCCGGUACCUCAGUUGCCCAGCAGAAUGUGAACGGUGACACUGAGAGAAAAGCCCAUACUGAUAGUUUAGAAAGCCUGCAGAAGGCUGAGAACGCCCUCGAAAAGGCUGUUGCGGCAGCCGAAGCACUUAAAAAUGCAGCGAGUUCAACCAAUGAUGCUUUGAGUAAUGCAAAAGUGGCCGUGACCAGAGCGGAGAAUGCAGAAACGGACGCCGGAAAAGCGUUCUCUGCACUUGCAAAGGCUUAUGAUGUGCUGAAAAAGGAGUAUGAUACGUUUUGGAGCACCAUAAGCACGAAGACGGCGGUUCCGGCGGAGGCUGCGAAGGUGGCUCCUCCAAUAAUGAAGUUGACGGAUACUGAAGGAGAGGUCAGAGCCAACUGGCUUGCGGAGGCGCUGGCCGCCGUGAAAGAGGCACAGAAGUUGGCCAUGAAAGCAAAUGAAUCGGCUAGUGAAGCCUCUGCGGCCGCGACAAACUCUGAGGUAGCAGCACUGAAGGCCAAGAAAGCGGCGGACAACUUUACAAUAGCAUCACAGGGAGCACAGAACGUCGCAACACAGGCAGAUGAGAUGGCUGUGCAGGCUGGAAAGCUUUCUGCAAAAGCAAAGGAGGCAGCCUGGCUUGCUAAAAAGGCGGCGGACUACGUUGAAAAAGACGACCGUGAGGCCCUACAAAAUGCUCUAUUGGCGAACUGUGAGGGUUGCGAUCCGUUGCGCAAUACUAAGUUGCGUGCAAUCGAUAAAUUGGACCGUAUUUAUUUUGCUAUGGGUUUCGCGAACAAAUCAAAGGAGGAUGCUAAUGAAGCAGCUGCGGCAGGAAGAGAGGUGGCAAAACUUGCAGAGAGCUUUGCCGAGAGUUUGAGGGGAGAACAAGAGGCAGCGAAGAAACACGUCGCCAAGGGAAAGGCUGCUCUUGAGGCCGCGCGGGCCCAGGCAGAGACUGAGUUGAAACGGCUACAGGCUGAAUUACAAGCCCGUAAAAAGAAGCAACAAGACACUGAAACGCAGCUGUCGUCAGCAGAACUCCCAACGACUGCGAGUGCUGAUGUGCCAAAGGUCGACCCGAAAGAGUUAAUCAAGAACAAGAAUGCGGACAGCAGCAGCAGUCGUUCAUGGGUGUGUGCCCCACUGCUUGUUCUUGUGUGUGUGCUGUCCUGCAGCAUCGCUGUGUGGUAA